AUGUUCACCAACCGUUAUCUUCGAGAGUCUCUCGAUGGAUCUGUCGAGUCAAUGUCAAAGCUGACGAGAUCACUAAUACCAGAGCGAGCCAGCAUUUCGGCAGAGGAGUUAAGGCAAGAGAGUGGUGUCACAAAAGCACCGCUCCUUCUUGGACUCCUAUUCACCUUCUAUGGACUCUCGGCCACCUUUGUGAUGGCGCGAAUGUAUGUUCGUGCAACAAUCACACGUCUUGUGGGCACGGAUGACUGGCUCAUAGUGGCAGGUUUGGUAAUCAGCACUGGAAUGCUGGCGGCUCAAUACUAUGAGGUGAUCCUGAGCGAUGGUCUGCACCCUACGUUACUGCCUAUCGAAAACAAGAAUGACGUUGCCAAAUGGUGCUUCAUUGCGUCAAUUCAGUGGGCGGUUGGCGUAACGACUACCAAGGUCUCAAUCUUGUUCCAGUACUUUCGCUUCCUUAAAUGCUCUGUAGCAACGAGGAUCAUUUGGGGCCUCAUGGUCAUUGUCAUACUCGGCGGUAUCACUACUCUGGUAGUGACAUUCACGAGCUGUCAGCCGAUGAGAGUCAUAUGGCACGCUGAGCUACAGAACAAGGCCAGGUGCAUCAAUCAAAAGCUCUCAUGCGUUGUGAGUGCGCUACGCUUGGCAUGCACACAGCGGCAGUGCACACUGGUCCACGUGCCAGCAACGGCAGGGGCGCAUGAUUUCGAUUGGGCAAACAAUGUGCCCACGCUGUACGCGGCCAUUGAGCUUCAUGCAGGAAUCAUCUGCUGCUCUCUACCGGCGCUAUUGCCUUUGCGCUUCACAAUACGCGCAUGGUUGCGCCCUACGAGAGGAACGUCUUCUGCACCCGCACAAGCCGUCUUGCCUCGAGGUCCCAACAUGGAACAAACUCGCCCUAUCGCGCAGCCAAUCCUCCCGACUCCGUCGCUACAUGAAGCAAAUGAAGCUUUAACGGGUCCCACUCAAUCGAGAAUCGCAAGCGCUGCUGUCGAGAUCACGAACAACGAGCCGACUCACGGCACAGUAGCCAUGUGCAGCCAGCGAUCGCAAAGCACGCCUCUAAGGAAAGCAGGUAUGUUCAUCCCAUAA